CUAUCGUGCUCCUUGUCCCUAUAUCCAUAAUGCGAGUGCUAGCAACCCUCCUCGUCGCCAUUGCAGCCGUCGCGCCAGCCGCCGUGGCGCAGUCUGCCGACACGCCAGAGCUGAGGAUCACCACGACCUUCCCGUCCAACCCGCUCUCCCUGGUCAAGAAUGGUCAGGCCAACCGGGUGGUGUUCAACAUCCAAAACCCACCGUCUCAGGAUCGGGUAUUGAGCUUGACUGGUAUCACAGGCGCAUGGCUGAACAACAAGAAGGCCGAUGGCGAGAGAGGAAGGGUCAUCCGGAAUAUGACCGUCACACCGUACAAGUCUCUCUCCCUCCGCACAGUAGGUGGCAGGCCACUGGAAGUUCCGUUCGAUUUCUACCCUGAAUUCAAGCCUCAGACCAUGGGCAUCGACUUCUACCUCAAGGUCCUGGAUGGCCAGACGCAGAAGACUCACACCAUUCAGGCGUACCAGGGAAGCGUCACGGUCAUUGAGCCUCCCAAGAACUGGCUCGACCCGCAACUCUGGAGCCUCUACCUCCUUGGCCUCGCCAUCCUUGGCGGCGCAGCGUACUACGCUGCCUCCAUCUUUGCGCCUGGACUCGUCGGCGCGUCUGCUACCAAGGGUGCCAAGGGCAAGUCGGCUUCGGGGACUGGUAGGUCGGGCGCUGCACCCGCACUCAGUGGCGCCGUCUCCUCGACGGGCGCCAGUGUGAGCGCAAAGGGCUACGAUGAGGAUUGGAUUCCCGAGCACCACCUGAAGAAGAGCAAGGCUGGAGAUGAUGGCAGGAAGAGCCCUGUCGGAGGCGCCAGGAAGAGGAAGUGAGCUGAGGGAAGACAAGUUAGUGGGCUGUGGUCACAGUGCGGUGUGGUACGCGUGGCAAAGUUAGGGGUGGGCAGGCCAGAUGCUAAUUGUCGAGAGGCUGCAAGCAAGCAUAUCAGUUGGGGCCAACAAAAGAAAAGGAACGGAGAGCGAUGGUCUUUGCAGCGGCCAGAGUAGGACAGUUUUGCAAUCAAAGCUGUGUUAUGCAUCAUCUGCUGCUCUGGACCGCGCUACCCGUCAAAGAAGCAUGCUCCUUGCUGUAUUAUGGACACCACACCUGCCAUCGCUGCCUCGCUCUCUUUGUGGUGGGC